UUCUGUUUAUCUACAUGACACAGUGUACGGACCGAGGUUGAGACGCUUGUAAAGACAGGCGGAGACGACUUGGACUUUUCUGUCAAGUAUCUUUUUCAGUAUUUUACUCGAGGGCACAGCUUCAGAGCUGCGUUCACCUGCACAGGGCUGAAGCUGCAUGGAGCUCUCCGGGGACUCCGGAUGGAUGAUGUUGCCUACGCCGGACUCGGACGAUUCUCACGCUGGCUUGGGGCAGAACACCGGGUAUAUAGAACCAUCAAUAUUGUCUCUGGAGGAAGUGGACGGAUUCCUUAGUCAUAUAGAUUCUCCAGGGCAUCCUUACUUUCAUGCACACACAUCUCACUCUCAAGCACGGACGUCCUACAGCCAAGUUCCAGCUCGAUUGCAUGGUGGUUCCAUAUGCCACCCUCACUUUCUUCACACGCAAGCUUACCCUUGGCUGGAGGGCAGUAAAUCGAGUACUUCUAUGGUCCAGCAACCCAUCAACUGGUCACAGAGUCCUUUGGGAAAGUCUGCUGCAGGAACUUCGGUCGGGAUCUCGACAGUGUAUCCAGGCCCGUGCGCUCAUGGCUCGGCCCCCUUGGCCACGCGCUGCAGCACGCAGUUCUACUACCUGCCCCCUACACCGCCCACUGCUGCUGCUCCCGAGCCGGACGCCAGCAAGUAUCAUGCAGUUCUUCUCGAUGGGACAAAAAUGCAGACCACUGGCCCUCUCCAAAGCUGUACGUCUCAUGAGGCGGCUUCUGUGCGCGCGUUUCCAGCGUAUGCGUUAGCAGGAACGCGCGAGCACGCGGCCGGUCUGUUCUGCAGGAGCACGGUAGAAUUUACGGGCAAAUCAAAGAUCAAGGGCCGCACUGGUUCGGAAGGGCGUGAGUGUGUGAACUGUGGUGCAACUUCCACUCCCUUGUGGCGGCGAGAUGGCACAGGUCAUUAUUUGUGUAAUGCAUGUGGACUUUACCACAAGAUGAAUGGCCAGAACCGACCUCUCAUCAGACCUAAACGUCGACUGUCAGCAGCCAGGAGAGCAGGUACUUGCUGUGCAAACUGCCACACGGGCACCACCACACUGUGGAGACGUAACACCAAUGGAGAGCCUGUUUGCAAUGCCUGUGGGCUCUACUACAAGCUGCAUAAUAUGAACCGCCCACUCACUAUGAAGAAGGAUGGCAUUCAGACUCGCAACAGAAAAAUGUCCACCAAAUCUAAACGAAGAAGAGGCGAGAGCUCUCAUCAGUUUCACUUCAGCAGAUUCAUGCAGGAUAAACCACAUGCCUUUAACCAAAUCACCAAUAUUUCUCACCAUGUAAACAUGACUUCGCCUGUCGAGUUUCAUCCAGCCUUCGGCCACAUGCACCAUGCUAAUUUGUUGACUGCCAUGAGCUGAGCACCAUGCAGAGACGUUCUUGUGUAGCAAUGAAAUCACAGAGAUGUUUAUUUAAGUGCUCAACAAAUAUGCAGUUUUAGAGUGAUGUGUUUUAAUACAUUCACACAUUGAAGCUAGCUAACUAAUUAAGUUGUUGGGUUGUUUUUAAUGAUCAUUACCUGGCUGUGUAAUAAGGUGCACUUUAUAUCAAAACCCAGUGAUAUAUUCAACAGGGAGUUGUAAGAUUCUUUCGAUUUUCUAUGCAAACACUGCAUUUUGUGGAGGACUUUUUUUUGUUAGAAAACCUUUGAAACACCCAGUCACAACAUCUGAGAGUACAGAGGAAAAAACUGGAGUUUCCAGAGCAUGCAAGUGGUGAAUGCUGAGAUAGUGGGAUUUUGCAAUCCAUUAAUACUAUAUGAAAGGACUUUGCGUGUGUGUGUGUGGGGGGGGGGGGGGGGGGUCGGGGGCUGUGAAUGUUGAACAUUGCAAAAAAAAGUGUUAUUUGGUUCGUCCUGAUACUGCCCCACUUCAACCUCCAUUCUUCCUCUGUUAAUGAGUUCCAAUCAUGUGAAGACAAAACCAAAUUUCCUAGAAAUAAGGAAAGCUUUCCUCUACUAAUGCCUUCAUCUUAGUUC